GACCCACCACCAGUGACGUAUUUGGGGGCUGUGGCUGCCCGGUGGGAGUGGGGUUGUUCCGGGUUGGCUGAGAGAACGAGGGCGAAAGAGGAGAGGGCCGGGGUUUCGCGUCGAAAAAGCGAAAAAAAAACCCCAACUCCUCCGCAUCCUCACAGACGCGCGCCCAGCAGUCAAGCAAAGCCGCUCGACCCAUCUGAACGACUACUAUCAAGAUCAAGACUUCCCGCAUCAUUGUCUCUGAAUGGAUGACAAAUUCAGCGACGAGUAUCAAGCAUCGGCCGACUGGCUGAUGUCCAAGACGUCCUCCCGGCCCACCGUGGGCAUCGUUUGCGGCUCGGGUUUGGGUGGCCUGGCCGAAAUACUCAAGGAGCGCCAGGUCUUCAAGUACGCCGAUAUCCCCAAUUUCCCGCAAAGCACAGUGCAUGGUCACGCCGGUCAGCUGGUUUUCGGAACGCUAAAGGGAAAGGCCUGCGUUUGUAUGCAGGGCAGGUUCCACCUGUACGAGGGAUACCCCGUCCAGAAGGUGGUGUUCCCCAUGCGCGUCUUCAAGCUGAUGGGCGUGGAGACGGUCAUCCUGACCAACGCGGCCGGCAGCCUCAACCAGGACUACAAGGUUGGCGACGUGAUGAUCAUCAAAGACCACAUCAACAUGCCGGGAUUUGCCGGAGUCAACCCGCUGGUGGGACCCAACCACGACAGGUUUGGCGUGCGCUUCCCCUGCAUGUCGGACGCGUACGACCGCGAGCUGCGCAAACUGGCGCACGAGGUGGCGGCCGAGCUGGACUUUUGUGACUUUGUGCGCGAGGGGGUCUACUGCGUCAUUGGAGGGCCUUCUUUCGAGACCAUCGCCGAGUGCCGCAUGUUACGGCAGCUCGGAGCCGACGCCGUGGGCAUGAGCACGGUGCACGAGGUGAUCACGGUGCGUCACGCUGGAAUGCGCUGCCUGGCCAUGUCGCUCAUUUCCAACCGGGCGGUCAUGGACUACGAGAGCCAGGCCAAAGCCAACCACGAGGAGGUCCUGGAGACGGGCCGCCAGCGGGCCGCGCAGCUCGAGCGGCUGGUCAGCACGCUGGUUGGCCGCCUGGAGCUGUGCCACAACAAGUCCCUGUGAGGACGGUACGGUUUUUGUAAGUGGCCAUUUAAGAGGAUUAAAAAAAAAAAAAAUACAGAUAAACCGAGCAUUAUUUGCCGGUUCGUUCAUCCUGGGAAAUAUUUAUUACCAUUAAACCCAAAAAUCGUCUCUGUGGCAUCCCUUUGGAUUUUUAUUUGAAAAUCCAGCCACCAAAGCCAAUUGCAUUUAAGAUCAGGAAAUUUAAGAGCAACAUCAUGAUGAGACCCACAAAAAAAAAAGUCUCAAGAAGCCAGGCCAGAAAAGUCACAGCAAGUAUUCCAAUUAGGGUUUGAAACAAACAUUUGCGUGACAUUUUCAGGCAUCCUUUCAAAGACAAACGAGAGCGUUUUUUUUGUUCCAAAAUUGGAACUCCAAUAAACCGAAUUCAAAGUAUAUUUUAUUGCGCAACAUGAAAUUUAAUAGAAUUUUUUUAUUCGGAGUGGACACUCCAAAACGUCCCAAGAAACCAUGCCCGAAAAGACACAGGAAGUCUGCCGUUGCGAUUCAAAGUCGCCAUUCUAAGGGUAAUAUCUACCAUUUCCUGGGUUCAUACCUAUUCUUUAAAAAUCACUCUCCUGAUCCCCGAAGCCAGUUUCUCUGAGAAACGUGACAUUUAUCACACAUGUGCAUCACUAGUAAACCCACAAAAAAAGUCUUCAGAAUCCACGCGGUAAAAGUCUCAAGGAAGCAGCAGGAAGUGUGCUGUUUUGGGUUUGAAGCGACCAUUUUAGGACAUUGCUUGGGCUCCUCCAAACUAGAGAUUUUUUGAGACCAAAUUGGAAGGGGCGCCAACCAAGCUCAUAACUGGUAUUCACGUAGACAUGUCACAAAAAAAGUCAAGAAGAAACCCACCACGGGAAAACACACUGGAAGUAUUCUAAAAUGAGCCCGAAAUGUCCGUGAAACCUGAACUCCACCAGGAAAUGUACAUUUUGCUCACCAAAAUGGAACUCCACAUUCUAAACAAGCGGAUGACUCUUAAGCUGCAAGUUAGCAUCCAAGUUUGUUCGCCUCCUACUGUCCAGGGUUAAUACAUCAACACACACUUCCGCUCGAUGAAACAUUGAACACUAAAAAGAGUCACGCUCUACUUUCUCUGCUGUGUCAUGUUUCGCUCAAAAAGCAGAACUCAACUUGAAAUGCUCUUAUUCUAUUUAUGCGCUCACUGAUUUAUUCCACGAUGACAGAAACGGGUCAAGGGAUUUUUAUAAAAGGCGUGACGUGACCGAAUAUUUAUCUCCAAAGUGUAUUUAACUGGCGUGUUCUAUUGACAUAUGAAGAUAAUAUUAAGAUGUGUAGAGUGGGGAUGGACCAAAACCGUGGGAACAACAACAAAAAAGUCUUAUCACUGUCUUCAGUUGAUGUUCUCUUGAACUAUUUUUGCCAUAAAAUGACUCACUACAUUGACAAUC